CGAGUAUUUCGAGAUCCAUCAGACUUACAAGUUGAAGUGCUUGAUGACAAAGCUAUUUGCCCAAUCCCGUUCAUCUGCAUCGUCGUGGGGUAGUCCUGUCGUAGUUUCGAUUAAGACAUUUAUGGAUAUAUCUUUGGAACGAUGCCCAUACAGGAAAUAAUAAUCUGGGGCUCGACGGUCUCCGAAAGACCGACUCUCCCGCUUAGUCGCGUCAUGCAAGCAAGCCACUUAUGAUCUAGACAACCUUAGAAGCACUAUCCGAAGGUUGGAUGACAACAGCUGUAUAAUACUAUAUAGGUAAGUAGAUGGAAGGUACAGGAUAUUUAUCCGAGCAUGGAGAAUGUAAUGUCUCGUCAAACGAAUUUACCGAUCACUAUUCAUCUGAGCUCCAUGACUGCUAGACUUAUACAUCUUUAUACACUAGAAUCUCAUCUAUAAUUCAACUAUGUCUCAACAUCUAGAGAGCGAGGCUACGUUUGAGGGUCACUUCAUCGGCUUUCUCUAUCGUCAAUGGCUAAUCCACCGGAAACCAAUCCCCAAGGGAACAACCAUCUCGGGUCAAACGGCCAUUGUGACCGGCUCCAACUCUGGUCUCGGAUUUGAAGCUGCGCGACAGCUACUCCAACUCGGUCUUGCGCACCUUGUCAUGGGUGUGAGGUCGCAGGCACGUGGUAACGCGGCUGCAGACAAGCUCCGGAAGGAGUUCCUAUAUUCAACCAUCUCGGUCUGGCUUGUCGAUAUGGAGUCGUACGGUUCUAUCACAGCAUUUGCAAAGAAGUGCGAGACACUUCCGCGUAUCGACAUUGCCAUAUUAAACGCCGGUUUACGAUGCGAUAAUUUCACAGUUGUCGAGGCUACGGGCCACGAGAAGACCUUCCAGGUAAACUACCUUUCAACCAUUCUGCUUGCCAUCUUACUGUUGCCGGUCCUUAAGUCAAAGAAACUGUCGUCGAGCAGUUCCUUCCCUCCCCGGCUUUCAAUCGUCACGUCAGAUACUUCAUAUUGGGCGGAUCCGCUCGAGGCGGGACCGGUGCUGCCCCAGUUCGACAUCCCCGAGGAGUUCAAGUCGAUGCGGUCUUAUCCAAGGAGUAAGCUAUUGCAACUAUAUUUCAUCUCUAAGCUAGGGGAGCACAUCAAAGCCGACGACAUCAUCGUCAACGCAUCCAAUCCGGGUUUCUGUAGAGGCACGCAGUUUGGAGACGGAGCCGUAAAAUCCUUUAUAUCUGCACUGACAUUCUGGAUCUUCCAAAAUCUAAACGGAAGAACGGUAGAGAAUGGCGCUAGCGCCGUAGUUGACGGUGUCGUCACAAAGGGUAAAGAGAGUCAUGGAAGCUACGUCAGUGAUUGGGGUAUCCGACCGUAUCCUAAGGUCGUAUACACAAAAGAAGGCCGGGAAAUAAGAGAGAGGGUAUGGGAAGAGACGUUGGAAGAACUCAAUUUUGCCGGUGCUUCUCGGAUCAUUGAAGAGAUGAAACGCUGAAUCAAUGAGAUCAAUGAGAUCAAUGAGGCACUGGAGUAUUAUACUGCACAGCGAGCGUAUCUCGUCUUAAAAAACGAUGUUUACCAAUCAUAUCUUGGGUACAUGUUGAUACCAUUUAGACUAAGCUGAGGUCGAGUUGCAUGAUGGAUAGUAGCACUGUGGUAUAUUGUAUUAGUUACUAGCCUUGACAGGUGAUAUAGAAUGAUAGUGCAUGCUAAGCAUGAAGCAUGAU